CGCAACCGCCGAUCUCACGCACGCUACAAAUCCUUACCACCUUCCUCCACGGCUCCACUGAUCGCCGCCGGCCGCCGUGUCAACCGCACGUACGCUGCACGCACGUCAUCUCUGGGUCUCCUUCUCCGGUGACCGAUCGAUCGAUCAGCCAUGGCGGCUUCUUCGUCUCGUCUCCUCCUGCUCGUGUCCGUCGUCGUCCUCGCCGCCGCCGCCGCUUACCCGGCGGCUGCGGGGAAGGGGAGGCGGUACCAGGUCGGGGGCACCGGCGGGUGGGUCGUCCCGCCGCCGGAGGAGAAGGAGGCGUACUACGUCCGGUGGGCGUCGUCCGUCGCCGUCUACGUCGACGAUUCCAUCGAGUUCGUGUACAGGAACGACUCGGCGAUAAAGGUCACCAAGGCCGGGUACUACCACUGCAACGAGACGGCCGGCAUCGACUCCGGCGACGUGCCCGCGCCGGCCGACGGCGUCAGGGUCUUCCACCUCUACGCCCCAGGCCUCGCCUACUUCGCCAGCGCCGACCUCGACCACUGCAACAAGGGCCAGAGGCUCAUGGUCAACGUCCUCGCCGCCGAUCAGCCGCCGGCGCCGCCAGCGCAGGGCCCGUCGUCCGCCGUGGCGCCACCGCUCUCGCCGUCACCGGAGCCGUCGACGGACUACAGCGGCGCCGACGGAGCGGCCGGCUCCGCCUUCGCGGCUGCCGCGAUGAUGGCGCCCAUCAUCAUGGCCGCCUUGGUUUGAUCAAUUAGCUAGCGUCGUCGCUGUCGAUCGUUUAGGAUCAGUGUGCAUGGUCGCUCAGACCGUUAAUUAGUGUGCGUUAAUUAACUCGAGUGUGACAUCUCGUUAUCUGCAUUUCGUUUAAAAUGUGUCGUUCCAUGUGUUUUAGUUCAGUAAUUGAUCAAUAGUUGCUUAAUUUGUUCCUAUGAGAUCAUCAA